AUGGGCUGUUUCUGCAGUAGAGGUCCUCUCCGGAACAGCGGGGAUGAGCCCCACACAGAUGCAGUGAAUGACGCCUCUGCUUCACAGAGGGGUGGUCGGACGAAAUCGGGUCAGAUUCAAGCAGUUGUAGAGGCUAAGUGUCGGCAAGCCUCUCAAACGAAGGUUCUGGCCCUACGGGAGUGUGCUUUACGAUCACUUCCUGAGGAUGCUACCGAGAUGGAAGAUCUACGGACGCUCGAUCUGGCAUUCAAUCGGCUUACGAGUUUACCUAAGGAGGUUGCUUGGCAUGCUAGUCUCUUGAAGUUGAACCUGAGUUCUAAUCAAUUGAGGGAAGUGCCCUCUUCACUGGUUUUCCUUUUAAAGUUGCAGUCACUGCAGUUGCAGGACAACAAAAUCGAGAAAGUCGGAGGUUAUGCCUUUCCGGGCUCAUUGGUGGAGCUCAAUCUGUCGAAUAAUAAAUUAAACCACAUUGGAGAGGAAGUUUUCGAAACGCUUAAUGCGCUAGCUGACGUCGACCUGUCGGGUAACCAGUUGCAGACUAUCCCCACGAAGGUUCUGUUCCGGGUAGCCAGCAAGACGUUAACCACCGUUAAAGCAGAACACAACAAAAUCACAGAUAUUCAGUGGCCUGACGAUGGUGCUGAUGUUCAGCUAGAUCGGCUCAGGGAAAUGGACUUGUCGUACAAUCGUCUUUCAACUGUUCCCUCCGAACUCUUCACCAACACAGCAUUGGUUGAUCUAUGGCUGCAGGGCAACAAUCCUGAUCGACUCAAUAAGUAUACUAUUAAAGAGAUUCCUGGCUUCGACGAUUAUGUACAGCGACGGAAGGGUAAAAUUGACAAGCGAAUGAAUAGCAAGGGAGGUAGCAAGUUGAAUUUGGCCAUGUGCGGCUUAGAGUGAUCCGAGUCCACUAUGAAUGCAGCAGCAGCAGGUGGUCGUCGACUCCACAGUUGUGUAGUAUGACCAUUGUUCAGUAGUAGUGUGGUUUCCGCAAGUUGACAGUAGCUGCCGCUACGAGC